UCCCUCCCCACCACCCAACUGUCCGGUCUGCGCCUAUGUCUACAUCUAUCCGCCUAGCGACCUGGCCGGCAAGCCGCUUUUUACCUUCGACGCCGGAGUCUCCUGCCGAAACAUGACCAACCUCAUCGUCUCCGGCUUCACCAGCAACGCAGCGCUGCGCGGCGCACGCAUCUCCAGCCCCUUCUCGCUCUACACCUGCUCCGCGCAGUACAUCAACGGUAUAUCACCAACGGCCGGCGGUAUGACAUUAACGGUUUAUCCGUACAUCAAGGUGUGCGGCGCCUUCCUCACUCUGGAUGAUGCAAUGCUGGUGCAGCCCUGGGUGUCGACGGUUGGAGUGUACGGAUGGAGGGAUUACAUUACAGGCGGAGGACCGGGCUGUAACGCUGAGCUGGCUGGUUAUACCAUAUCCAGCUUCGUGUCUGGCAUGUAUUAUGACAUCAUAGGGCCGUCAAGCGGCUCCUGCAUGUCUGGAAAUGUUAGCCAGAGCUGCACCCUCUUCGACCCGCCCUCGCCGAUGGCGCCCUCGCCCUCGCCGAUGGGUCAACGGUCCAAACCGCCGCCGUCGCCGCUGCCGCCUGCGCUGCCGCCACCGUCGACACCCUCCGCGCCGCCGACGCCCCCUGGCCUGGUCAAGACCCAUAAUUGCGUGCAGAGUACGAGCAAUGUGCCGUACAACAUUAGCACCUUGUUUACCGUGAACACGAGGGACCAGAGCAACGCAGCUGCGACGGCCAUGUGCUUUGUGGUCGGCAAGCAGAGCUGCAGGGCUUCGUCGUACUGCUGCUCUAUGGACUUUGCAAAGGUGGAGGUUCCAAUCUCCGAGAGCUGCAAAGGCGACCUACGAGGCAUCACCAUUAACAGCUCGCCGGUUUCGUACAGCUGGGGCUUGUACGACUCCCUCAACGUUACGACCAUUAAAUUCACCAAGCUCACCACGUACCUGCCGAAUCCUGAUCAGGCAGUUCUGUGCUGGUUGGUCCGCCCCGGAGUUUGCUCCACUCCCGAGCAGUUCUGCCAUAACGGACUUUGCCAGGUUAAUGUCUUCUCAACUGAUAACAAGUGCUGCCCGGCUACCAUUGCCAACUAAGCACAAGCUCUUGUCGUCAUGGCAUGGGGAAGACCAAGCUAUGUGCAGCACCCUGCCCAGCCAGCGAAAGCCAAAGCUUUUUAUGCUGUAGUUUGUUUGCAUUCUUGAUGAGUAUUGUUUAUACAUAAUCACAUCGCUAGCUCGUGACAACUUCACGGCUGACUGAGACAUCUCUCUUUCCCUCUUAGCGACUUAACAACAACACCUCAAGAAUACUUAUCAGCAGAGGUCUACUUCUUCUGCAAUGAUGUUUGCGACGGACGUGUAUACGAUGGACGUGUUGGUUGUGACUUUACGGCUUUCGUCGGCUUUCGACCUCCCGUGCUGACCUUCAGGACUUGAAAAUAUUGGACUUGACACCAUUUCUUUCUGUCCUUAUCGUUCCCGUUAUAUAUGCAAAUCAUAAUGUUCGGCGGAAGUCCUGUGCGAAUUGGUCACGACCCGGGGGUCAUUUAUCGGCUUACUAAUGAUGCCGUCUGUCGUACUCUUCGCCUGUGUCCAGGGUACAGUGUUCUUAUGCAUGCGCCCUACCGGUAUAAUAUCGUGUUGCGAAGAGUUCUCCUGAACAAAGGAGUGCAAGCACGGACAGCCAUGGUGUCCAUAAAAAUUGUGGAAAAUGUAAGCACAGAGAUACUCA